UUUACUUGCCGGCGUGCAUUUUCUUUCACUAUGACCUCCAAGGAUGUUCUGAACAACACCGCUAGGCUAGCGUCUUAUAACGUACUGCUACAGGUAUUGUUCAGAGUGCUCACAUUUGUCCUCAAUGCCUUUACUCUCCGCUUUGUAUCCAAGGAAAUCAUUGGAGUGGUAAAUGUCAGAUUGACACUACUGUAUUCCACAGUAUUGUUUCUGGCCAGGGAAGCCUUCCGAAGAGCAUGUCUCAGUGGAGGUGCAGAGCAGAACUGGACGCAGAUCAUUAAUCUUUUGUGGAUGACUGUACCCCUUGGUACUGUAUGGGCUUUGCUACUUGGAUGGGUGUGGUUGAGGCUUCUUGAGACCCCUGAUCCUUUGAGCAUUCCUCACUAUGAAUUUGGAGUUUUGGUGUUCGGACUGUCGGCAGUGGUGGAGCUCCUGUCUGAACCAUUGUGGAUCCUGGCUCAAGCACACAUGUUUGUUAAACUUAAGGUGGUUGUGGAAAGUUUCUCAAUUAUUAUGAAAUGCCUUUUCACUGUUACUAUGGUCAUAUUUGCGCCUCACUGGGGUAUCUACCUUUUCUCUCUUGCUCAGCUCCUCUACACCAGUGUCUUGCUAAUCUGCUAUUUCCUGUACUUUAUCAAGUUCCUGGGUACCCAGGAGGCUGAGAAGAAAUCUUUCCCAGUGUUGUGUGUACGAGAUUUGUUCCCUAAGAGAAUUGCACACCAGGCGCUGGUAAACUGGAGGCUGGCCAGGCUUACAUGGAGCUUCUUCAAACAGUCCUUUUUGAAGCAGGUCUUAACAGAAGGUGAGCGGUAUGUUAUGACCUUCUUUAACGUCCUAAAUUUUGGAGACCAAGGAGUGUAUGACAUUGUGAACAACCUGGGCUCCCUGGUAGCAAGGUUUGUCUUCUUGCCUAUUGAAGAAAGCUUUUACAUCUUCUUCGCUAAGGUUUUGGAACGUGGAAAGUCUAUUGGCCACCAAAAGCAGGAGGAAGUGGCCAUGGCAUCAUCUGUCCUGGAAUCCCUUCUCAAACUGGUUCUUCUCAUAGGCUUGACCAUCAUGGUGUUUGGCUAUGCCUACUCCCACCUUCUGUUGGAUAUUUAUGGAGGAUCUCUACUAAGCAGUGGAUCAGGCCCUGGACUUCUGCGAGUCUAUUGCUUGUAUGUUCUUCUUCUGGCAGUCAAUGGUGUCACUGAAUGUUUUACCUUUGCAGCGAUGAGUAAAGAGGAAGUUGAUAGGUACAAUUUUGUGAUGCUGGCCCUGUCCAUCUGUUUCCUUUGCUUCUCUUAUUUCCUGACCUGGUGGCAUGGCAGCGUCGGCUUUAUCCUUGCCAACUGCCUGAACAUGGCACUUCGGAUUGCACACAGCAUUCACUUUAUUCAGCGUUAUUUUGCGCCCAGCAGUCAGCGGCCUCUAAGUGGUUUACGUCUUUCACCGAUAUUGGUUUUGGUUUUCCUUGCCGGUGGUUUACUGACUGCUUUUUCUGAGGUGGUCUUUUGCUGUGAUGCUGGUUGGCUUCCCAGGUUGGUCCACAUUGCAGUUGGAGCAGUGUGUUUACUGGCAGUUCUCAUUUGCACAUUUUUCACAGAGACCAAACUUGUUCAUUUCAUCAGGACUCAGCUUUUAUCCAUGUACUCCAAGAAAGAAACCUAAAUGAGUCGAUGUAUUUAUUUGAACAGUGACUUGAGAUAAUAAUGUUUAUCAAGACAACAAGGAGAUGAAGACCGGUAUAGACUUCUUCAUUGUGAGCAUCAGACAGCUGAGGCAUGAUUUUAGCAGGUUCAUCCUUUGCAAACCAAUGCAUCUACUAAACCGCGACUGAUAUGUCAAAGAGGUAAACUGCAGAGUCAUGGAAGUAGGAUAAAAUGGCGGAAAAGCGGUGGUGGGGACUUCCUCAAGUCUCAGGAGAUGCAUCAUUUUAGCUGUUCCUUGCCAUUUUGGAAAGGGUCUUUACAGCGUACAACAAGCUGGUUAGCUUCUGUCUUUUUUCAUAAGCAGAAUAAUUAGCAGCCCUCCUUAAUCUCUGGACACACGCAAUUCUUCCAAAGUUAAGAGCAAAUUGCUGAUUAAAGUAACACCUGCUACCUCGCCUCAGUCUACAAUGGUGUUUAAACCUCACUCAUCUCGUGCGAUUCAUUUUCUUAUGUUUAUCUUUUAUUUAAAUUACAUCAUUUUCUACUUUUUACCAGACUAACUACUGAACACCAACAUCAGCAAAGAAAAUACAUCCGCAAGAGCUGCAAUUAUAUAAGAAAAUAUUAUAAUUAAAGGCUUUUAAUUAGAAGGUUAGAUAGUGUUAUUU